UUAACUUCCCUCUUUUUUUUCUGUCUGUCUCCACAUCUUGCUUCUGUUUUCUAUUUUUUCAGUCUUCUCUGUCCUACUGCCCUUUCCCUCACUUCUGGCUACAUCCAGCUGGCUGUCUCUUUUUCUCCCCAGUGCCUCUAUCCUGUUUCUUUUUGUUCUUCCUCAGUCUGUGACUUGCAGCCCAUCUCCAUUUUAUCCCUUUCCCUCUUUGUUUUCUCCUGAUCUGCAUCCCUCCCCUGUAUCUCACACCUCCCCAAUGCCAGUGCCCUGCUCUGUCCCUUCCUUCCACCACCCACACAUUCUCUAUCCCUGCUCCCUCUCUUCUCUCCCUUACUUUCUGCUUCUUUCUCUAUCCCUCUGCUCUGUCCCCAUUCCCUUUUUAACUUCCUCUCUUUUUUUUUCCCCCUCAGUCAGACUGUCCUGCUCCUUUGCUCCUGGGUUUCUGUGUCACUCUGCCCUUCUUCCCAUGUUUCUCUCAGUUUAUCUAUCCUGUUACCUAUCUCUCCUUUUACUCUUUCUGCACCCCAUUGCCCUGCUUCCUGUUUACCUCAUCUGCUCUCUGUCCAGCUGCCCAUCUGUGUGUUUUCCUACAGCAAGGCCCUGCUCCCUGUUCCUCUCACCCUCCAUCCCUGCUCUCCACCCCAGGAUAUUUUAUAUUCUCCCUCAUCCUGCUCCCUGUUCUUUCUGCUUCCUGCUGUCCCUCAGCCCUUUCCUCACUCCUGCUCCAUCCCCCAUGACAGACAGAUGGCUCACCCUGUCUGUCCCUCAGUGCCUCUCGUCUCUUUUUGCUGUUUCUCACUCCCAGUCCUGCCCCUCUCUCUGCCUUCUCUCUGCUCUGUGCCCUCCUUUUCUGUCCCUGUGUUACUCUGUUAUUCUCCUGCUGUCCUGCUCCUCUCAGCACCUUUUGCUUCUCUAUCCCUCAGUUCUGCUGCCUGUCACUAAUUUCUUUCCCAAGCUUUCUUCCCCCCAUACCUCACUUUCUCUUCCUAGCAUUCUUUCUUACUUCUUCUCCCUGUGUUUUUCUGUACUCUUGCAUCCCACGCCGUUUUUCUCUUCAUUGUAUUUUCUUGCUCUUCACCUUUCCUUUCAGUCCCUCUGUUGUAUUCAGUGCCCCCUACCAGGGAAUCUUUCUGUGUCCCUGCCAUUCAUUUUCUUUUUGCCUUGCUGUCCAUUAUAUUUCGUCCUUCUCCCCCACUCUGUGCUGCUUCCUGUCUCCAUGUCUUUCUUGCCUCUAAGUCCAACACUUUUCUUUCAGAUCUGUCCUGCUUCCUGCCUUGUCUCUUCCCAUGUUAUCCCUCUGCUUUCCUCUCUGCCCCUUUGAGUCCCCCCACCCCUCCAUCCCACGUCCUCUCCCUCCUCUCUCCAUCUUCGCAGCCUUCCUCUCUCUGGUUCUGUCUCACUCAGUCCUGCUUUGUGUUUCUAUGGGUGCAGCUGCCCCUUACCCUUAUCUCUCCUCCAGAUGUUUCCCAUCUCGAUCUCUGCCUUGCUGCCACCACAUUUUUUUUCCUACACUGCUGCCCUCCUCAUCCCUUCCCUUCUCUCUCUGUCCUGUUCCCUUCCUCGCCUGCCCUCUGCCCCCAUCCACGUCCACUCUCUGCGUCACUCCUUUUUUCUUUCUUCCCCCGUCUCCGCCCGCAGCCCGCAGCGCGCUCCCCCUCGCAGUCAAUGGAGCCGCCGCUUCCCUUGAGACGGAGGCGGCCUGCAGCCUCACAGAGCGUGGCGCCGCCCGGCCCUCUGCUGCCACCCACUGGCCAAUGUCAGUACUGCGGCAGAUGGCAGCGCGCAAGCGCAGUGGCGCUGACCCGCCGACUUCGACAGUGAUACCUUUGUGAGCAUGCGCAUUAGCGCCACGGCUGUGGACAGCAUCGCUCCCCCGGCGAACAUGCGCAAUAGCGGCCCUGGGGAGCAUGCGCAGUAGCUCACUGGCGGUGUGCGCAGCGGAGCGCUUUUCGACAGCGAGCUCGGACGCGGCUACGCCGACGGACAUGCGCAGUGUGGGCAGAUUUGAAUGGUUUAGACAGCGUGGGAACAUUUAAAAUGUGCCAGGAUAGAAUUAGGGAUAGGGGAGCUGGCUAGAGUUAUCAUUAAGGUUUGGAUUUUUAGGUUUAACUUAACGGGAGAUAGGUUUAGUGGUUAGGGUGAAUGCUGUUAGGGCUAAUGUUAGUGUUAGGGUCAUUGAGUUGUCACAGAAACCUCAGAGACCUACAGCUGGCAUAAGGUUGUUAGAGAGCCUGACAGUCAUCACAGAGUCAUCCUAGAGUCCUCAUAUUGUGGACAUAAUGUCCUCACGGAGGCAUCCUGGAGUUGUCACAGUCAUCACAGAUAUAUCAUAAAGUCAUCAUGUAGACCUCAGAGAGUAAUACAGUCAUCACAGAGUCCAUGUGUCAUCAUAGAGGUGUCACUGAUUUGUCAUUAGGGUUGUCAUGGAUUCAUGCAGUUGUCAUGGAGUCACAGUCAUCAUAGAGUCAUAGUUGUCACAGAGUCACAGAGUGGUCAGAGUCAUCAUAGAGGAUAUAAAGAUGCCAUCCAUAGCUGCAGAGAUGAGAUCAGGAAAGCACACAUGGAACUGGACUAGGUAAAGGAUGUGAAAAACAACAAGAAGAGAUUCUGCAGGUAAACUGGUCAGAAGUGACAGACCAGGGAGUGUACUCCCCUCUGACAGAUGAAAAUGAAGACCUGACUCCAAUAGAUAUAGAGAAGACUAAGACAACUCAAAAUUCUAACAGAAUAAAAUGAACUUGCUGGAAAAAAAAAAAAAAAAAAGUCAAAAACUAAAAGCUUACCCAGAUGAUGAUAUCACUGUCUAUCUCAUCAAACCAGAAAUAUCCAUCUUCAUCUCCAUAAGUCUUGUUUCCAGAUGUAUAAAGACCACCAUGCAGUUCUGGCAACUUUUCCUAUGGAGUCCCAACAGCAGCAAGAAAUAUCCCAGAAAUCACAGUGAGGAAUCCUUCAUAUUUCAUGGACGUCAGUGGAAGGAUGUGACAAAAUCUGCUGAGGCAAAGACCUGGCCUUGAAUGGAAUUAAACCAACCAGCUGCUGGACGCUGUUGCUCUGCCACAUCCAAUGGAAACUCAGACACCAGUGCAGGAGCUGGUAACAAUCACAUUUGCUCUUCCUAUAAGGAGAAUAAACUCAGAUAUCUGAAGCUUGCAUAACUUAAUCUUUUCAGUGAUGUAUACAACAGCUCAAAAAACUGUGUGGUCUGGAUGCAGAAUGCUUCAACAUCUUGUUAUGAUUGUGAUCUUUGGUGAAGCAAAGAAUCUCACGAAGGUAUUCAAAAUAAACACAAAUGUGUUACUGGGUAUAAGCAGUACAGGAAACUGUCAUGCAUUUACACAACAGCUGAUGGCGUGUUAUGCACUGUUGCCACAGAAAAACAUUCAGUGACCAGUAAUAUCAUUCAUUAUCAUUGCUGGGAAAUAGUAAUACCAGAGGUCUUCAAAAAAUUACCAGUUGUUCACUUCUAACUUGCUGAGUGAAGAAAAAAUGCAUGAAAAUUUUUAACCUGGUGCAUUUAACCCAUUGCCUUUAACCCAGAGGAGUAAGCAAAGAGGCAAGAGUGGUCAAAGAGAAACGUGGUCUUGGCAUCAGCGACUGGGAGGAAGGGCUGAGAUGGGGCUGCAGGCACUUCCCCUGACUGGGCCAUGUUCAGCUGCAGGUCUGCGUCACCCCACUGCUAUCAGCUCAUGGCUAUCAGUAAAGGCGUAAACAGAGCUAUCUGUACCACCAGAACCACCAAAAACAUAGAAUCAUAAGGUGGGAAAAGACAUGCAAGAUCAUCUAGUCCAACUGCUCACCUGCCACCAAUACUGCCCACUAAACCAUGUCCAACGUGGAGCACCAGACCGGAUUAAAACAGAUCCACUUGAAUCAAACUGAACAUUUCAGUGAUCAGAAAUAAAGUAUUUUGCUCAUGUUAUGUUAUUUGAAUACAUUUGAAAGACUGUUUUAGUAGAAUAAAUAGUACUGGCUAAAAAAAUGUCA